AUGACGUGGAAACCGGCCAUUAGGGACAACAGUGAGCGCUGUUACCUUCAAAUAGGUUUUGGAUUUUGCUAUGGUGUUGAGGACGGGGACGGUGUUGAGGACGGGGACGGUGUUGAGGACGGGGACGGUGUUGAGGACGGGGACGGUGUUGAGGACGGGGAGGGUGUUGAGGACGGGGAUGGCGGAUGGGCGAAACAUCUGCCUCUGAUUCUAAAGAAGCUGGCCAGUCAGUACCUGAAGAGGGAUUGGCCAGGCAUCAAACCUGACAGUAUAGAACAGUUGAAUCGUAUCCAGGUGGAGCUGCAGGACUCUGUGAAGGACCUGGCCAAAGCCAAGAAGAAAUACUACGACUCAGAACAGGUGGCUCAGGCCGUUCGAGAGAAGGCUGACAUCGAGGCCAAGUCGAAGCUGGGUCUGUUUCAGUCCAGGAUUAGUUUACAGAAAGCCAACGUUAAGUUGAAAGCCAAGAGGAGUGACUGUAACUCUAAAGCAACCCAUGCCAGGAAUGACUACCUGUUAACCCUGGCAGCAGCCAACGCUCAUCACGACCGCUACUACCACACAGACCUGCUGCACUGUAUACAGGAGUUGGAUGGAGGGAUAUAUAACCAUGUGAAGGACUAUCUGAUCUCUAUCUGUCAGACAGAGCUGGAGGCCUUUCAGGCCAUACACAACACCUUCCAGUUCCUACUGGACAAAUCCAACAGGGUGGUGCAGGAGUUUAACCAGCAGCUCUUCAUGCAGGAGAACCCUGUGUUUCAUAAAGCACAAGACUUCCAGUUCCAACCCAGUGACUGUGACACGACUCUGAGCUCGGUGCAGAAGUUGGUGGACAUUGAGCCUUCGCCCGUCAGUGCCAUGAGGAUGACGCUGGCACAGAGUCGUAAGUUGGAGACAGACACGGGGAGCCAGACAGAGGAGCACAGUCUGAACAAGGAGGCCAGGAAAUGGGCCACCAGAAUGGCCCGAGAACACAAGAACAUCGUCCACUACAAGAGAAGCCUGGAGGAGUGUGAGACACUGGGAGUCCCUCAAACGGAGCAGGGCCGGCUUGAUCUGGAGCUGAAGAUAGAGGAUACCAAAGAGAGCAUCCGCAAGGCUGAGACAGUAAAGCUGAAGGCAGAGGCUCGUCUGGACCUGCUGAGACAGGUGGGCGUUGCCGUGGAUACCUGGCUGAAGAGCGCCAUGAACCAGGUGAUGGAGGAGCUGGAAAAUGAGCGCUGGGCUACAGUAAACUACACUACCCACGAUCCCUCACUCUCGGGCCCGGUUGAUCUGGAGCGCUCGGAGGGAGAGGAGUGUGAGGAGAACAUGGAGGUGUUUGAUGACAGCAGCUCCAGCCCCUCUGGGACUCUCAGGAACUACCCACUCACCUGCAAAGUCCUCUACUCAUACAAGGCGUCUCAGCCAGAUGAGUUGAGUAUAGAGGAGCAUGAGAUGUUGGAGGUGAUAGAGGAUGGAGACAUGGAGGACUGGGUCAAGGCAAGGAACAAGAGGGGGCUGAUUGGCUACGUCCCAGAGAAGUAUCUUCAGUUCCCCACCUCUAACAGCCUACUGAGCAUGCUCCAGUCUCUCUCUGCCCUGGACACACGUUCACACACCUCCUCCAACUCCACCGAGCCAGAGAUACACACUGGCAGCAUCAACGGAGACGCCAGCUUGAGUUUUGUGAGGGCGUUGUAUGACUACGCGGGCCAGGCGGAUGAGGAGCUGUCCUUCCCAGAGGGGGCUGUCAUCCGUCUACUCAACAGAGACACCCAAACUGACGAUGGCUUCUGGGAGGGAGAGUUUAACGGACGAGUGGGAGUUUUCCCUUCUGUACUGGUGGAGGACCUGACGGAGAGCGGAGAGAAUGGAGCACACACACUUAUCUCUCCAUCGACGAGGUUGCCCUCCUCCCUGCCACCCCUCCCUCUGUAUGAUCAGCCCCCGUGUAGCCCCUAUGCCACCCCAGACACCCCCACCCCUCCGCCCCUCCCUCGCUCACCCUCUGUCAACGGGGAACACAAGCCGCCUCCCUCAACGUACAAGGGACCCACUCACAAUCAUAGUUCUGCUCUGAGUCCAGUGUCUCCAGAGUUCACUCCCGACGGAGGCCCUAGCAAACUACGACCUGUCCGUGCAGCCCCCCCGCCCCCCAAGCAGAAACCUCGCAAAAAAGCAGAGAAGACUGAGGAGGUGGAGAUCACACUGGUGUGACAGACAGACGGACUGCACAGCGCUGCCCUGCAGACCUGAGUGACUGAACUUUGAACUGGGCUUUACCUCUAACCUUUGAACCAUAUAACUCCCCCUUCUCUCCCACCACUGGGAAGAACUCCCCCUUCUCUCCCCCUAACUCCCAGCACUGGGAAGAACUCCCCCUUCUCUCCCCCUACCUCCCAACACUGGGACGAACUCCCCCUUCUCUCCCCCCAACCUCCCAACACUGGGAAGAAACAAGGGAAGGAAGAUGAUUGUCUCCUAGCAACAAGGAGUAGCAGCCCCUCCCUGCUCACCCCUCCUCUCCCUCUGUGUCAGACUGUCUGUUGCCUUAACUUUGCUCCCAUCUGGCAGCCAUUUUGAAUGAAAGGAGGAAGAGCGGGAGGAAGAGGAGAACGAAAAGGAGACAUGUUGAGGAGGAGAGUUGCUAUGAAAGGGAGUUGUAUCUGCUAUGUGAGCUGGGAUUCCCCUGUUCUUGCCAUAUAUAGUCGUAUCAUACGUGUUUAAUGUGGAUUAGUACAGUACAUUACUGUUGUCAUAGGAACGUUUCAUAUUAGCCUAACCCGCUGAUUGGACGAUCUAUUUUAUAUGUAGUAGAAGUUGAUCCGUAUGUCAACCUGAAAUAGCAUUGUACAUACAGUUAAAGGGUAUGGAGAGAUGGAGGGAGAGAGAGAGGAA